CCUCCUGUCUAAGACCGCGUUUUCGCACUCGAUUCGCCUGCGAUUCUACCGGUUCUCCGCUCUCUUCGCAGCCGAUCAACCGGAACCUUUGCGGCCGGACUACCUGUCAAAGCAUGUCUUGCUCUUCCGAAACUCCUCCUCCAACUCUCCGAACCGUCGCCAUAUCUUAUUACGAACUCAAGGACAGGGAUGCUGAUCUGUCGUUGAAAAUUGAAGAAGGAUUUGGACCGAAUGGACUUGGAAUUCUAUCAAUUACUGAUGUUCCAGAUUUUCCUUCAUUACGUCGAAAUCUUCUAUGCCUUUCAGAUAGAUUAGCUGCCUUGCCUGAAGAUGUGAAGAAGGAACUUGAGGAUCCUCAGAGUAGGUACAAUUUUGGAUGGAGUCAUGGGAAAGAGCAGCUUGAAUCUGGGAAACCCGAUCUUCUGAAAGGUUCAUUCUAUGCAAAUCCUCUACUUGAUGUGCCAACCAAUGAUGCAUCCUUGAUUCAGAGGUAUGCAUCAUACUGUGGAGCCAAUAUUUGGCCUCAGGUUGCUUUGCCAGAACUUGAAGUGGCUUUCAAAGCUCUGGGAAAGCUGAUAUUUGAUGUGGGGUUGCUGGUGGCAUAUCACUGUGAUCGCUAUGUAUCCAAGGGGAUGAAGAUGCAAAAGGAUGAAGGUCUUGAACAAAUACUUCUUCGUUCUCGUUGUCAUAAAGGGCGUUUGCUGUAUUACUUCCCUGCGCAACUGAGUAAUCAUGAAGAAAAUGUUGAAUACAUGUCAUCUUGGUGUGGAUGGCAUACUGACCAUGGCUCAUUGACAGGUCUGACAUAUGGCAUGUUUAAGAGAAAUGGUGUAGAAAUAUCUUGUCCUGAUAGUGCAGCUGGCCUUUAUAUAAGAACACGAAGUGGUGAAAUCGUCAAAGCUAUUUUUGGGGAAGAUGAAAUAGCGUACCAAAUUGGCGAGACCACGGAAAUACUUUCUCAAGGUUAUCUCUGUGCAACACCCCAUUGUGUUCGGGCAGCAAAAGGAAAGGCGGCCUCUGGCAUUGAUCGAUCAACAUUUGCUUUAUUUAUGCAACCUGAUUGGGAUGAAAAACUCAAUUUUCCAGAGGACGUUCAUAUUCAUAAAGAGCUGAUACCACCAAAUGGAAGUCUUACUUUUGGAGAGUAUUCUGAGAUGCUCCUUGACAAAUAUUACCACAAGAAACCAUGAAGUUUAUCCCAUAAUGCCUAUAGGUACACCACAAAUACAAUAAUGAAUAAUAUUUGCUUUUGUAAGCUUCGUGUUCUUUUCAUAAGAACAGAACAAACAUAUAGCUCCUUGGGUGCAAUUUGACGUACAUAUUCAUAAAUUGGUCUACCAAUCUUUUAUGAUCAUGAAAACCAGGUGGAUAGACAGUGGCAAAUGGCUGCGAUUAUUGCACG